UAUUAUGCCUCUCUUUAUCUUCAUUUUAAAAUAGAGGUCAGGUUUUUUGUUUUCUUUAUAUAUAAAGAAUGGCACAUUCAGUUAUUCAUCAUUCAAGAUGCCUUGCCAUUCAGCUCUGUUUAAUGAUGUGGACCACCCUCUAGAAAAGAAAACCUUUAUCCUAUCUUGAGCAUUUUGCUUUUGAAACUUUUAGAUCAAUUGUAAUUUCACUAUGGUGUUAGAGGAUAAGAAAGGAAGUGUAAGGUAAAAAUUGGGGCACAUCUAUAAUGCUGUUAAAAACAGACAUAACUGAAAAAUACACCAGAGAAGCAAAAAGUACCUUCUCCUUGACCAUUCUAGAGGUGUUGCAGAAGAAACAGACUUUAGGCGAAGCAUAUAUGUGAGUAUAAUUAUGUUGCGCUUGCUUCUUAGUGAAAGACAUGUCAGUGAAGGACUAGGCACAAGGUAGAGACGGUAAUAAUGUUGAGUCAGCUCAGGAAAUUGGACCUGAAGUAAGAAGAUAGAGAUUCCUUAGGAUGCAAUAUCCAAAUAAAAAUGGCUUAAAGGAAAGCCAUAAACCAAGAUAACAUUAUCUAACAAGAAGUCUGAAGGCAGGGCUUUUCCAUUGUCAGUCCAAGGGCUCAGUGAUACCAUCAGAUACCUACUCUGCUCUUCUCUCUGUUAGACAUUCAUCAAGUUUGUGAUGUCUUUCCUAAGGGUUGUAAGAUGGCUUCAGCAGUUCCAGGGGUCACAUGUAGCCAUAACUAAGUUCUAUGGAGAAACAGCAGUUUCCUCCUGUGCAUAUCCCGGUAUUAGUGAAGAAACCUUUUCCAGAGGCCUGCCAGCUACCUUCAACUCUCAUAGACCCCAGUAGCUAGGGUUGGGUUGGUUACAUGCCACACUCUGGCUGUAAGGGAGGCUACAAGGAAGACUUACUGGCACUUUUGGCCUCUGAAGUAUAGGCAGACUGUGCCAGCCAGGAAGAAAGGUAGAAAAGGAUUAAUUGGUUUUGUUUGUUUGUUUGUUUGUUUGUUUGUUUUGAGACAGAGUCCUGCUCUUGUUUCCCAGGCUGGAGUGCAAUGGUGGGAUCUCAGCUCACUGGAACCUCCGCCUCCUGGGUUCAAGCGAUUCUCCUGCCUCAGCCUCCCCAGUAGCUGGGAUUACAGGCACCUGCCACCAUGGCUGACUAAUUUUUGUAUUUUUAGUAGAGACGGGGUUUCACCAUGUUGGCCAGGCUGGUCUUGAACUCCUGACCUCAGGUGAUCCACCUGCCUCAGCUUCCCAAAGUGUUGGGAUUAUAGGCAUGAGCCACUGUUCCCGGCCAGAAGGAAUAAUCGUUAGACAACUCACAGUGUCUGCCAUAUUUGCCACAGAAAAUAACUGACUUGCUCUCUGCUGUCUUACUGUGAUAAUAUAUUUUUUUAACACAAUUUACAAGAGAGGGGGAACAUUCUUAAAUAUGAAACUAGGAAUUAUGAUAUUUGCAGUUUCAUAUUAUAUACAGUAAAGAGUCUUCAAAUUCUAGUUCUCCUUGAGAUCUUAUACAAUAACAGUUUUAAAAUUAUGCCUUCUGUUUUUUGAACAGCUUUUUACUAUUGACAGCUUUUAAGGAAGUAGUUUUCACGUUGUCGUGUUUACUCUCUUACUAGACUGGAAGAGAGAACAGAAAUCCAUCCUCAACUUCUGGGGAUAAUCUGAGGAUUAUAAUGAAAUAUCAGGUGCUUAAAUGAUUUCAACAGACUUUCAGAUGAAGUUGCCAUUAGCAACUUGUUAUCAUCAAUGUAACACAUAGGCAAGUGGAUUAAAAUAAGAGGGCUAAACUGGCCUUUAUGUUGAAAUUAGAAGUUUUGUUGUCCUACAGGCAGAAAUAACAGGUUCAUUGGAUUCUCUAUGUUAUAGUAAUAUAUCAUCAGAAGGAUAGCUUGGGAUGAGACUAUUUUGAAGAUACAUGGGAGUGGAUAUUCAAAGUGCCCUUUACAUAGUUACCCUCCUCCACAGUUUCCCAAUAAAUGUGGAAUCCUUGUGAUUGCAUUCUUGGAGGGCCAUCGAAAACCAGUGAAGCACAGAGAGACUAUUUUUUUCUAUAGAUAUUAAUCUAAAGCAAUAAUUGGCAAAAAAAAAAAAAAAAAAUGAGAUUUAAAAUGUAGGAUAAAGGCCAGGUGCAGUGGCUCAUGCCUGUAUUCCCAGCACUUUGGGAGGCUGAGGCAGGUGGAUCACCGGAGGUCAGAAGUUCAAGACUAGUCUGGCCAACAUGGUGAAACCCCAUCUCUACUAAAAGUACAAAAACUUAGCUGGGCAUGGUAGUGCGCCCUUGUAAUCCCAGCUACGGCGGAGGCUGAGGCAGGAGAAUUGCUUGAAACUGGGAGGCAGAGGUUGCAGUGAGCCGAGAUCUUGCCACUGCACUCCAGCCUGGGCAACAAGAGGGAAACUCCAUCUCAAAAAAAAAAAAGAAAAGAAAAAAAAUAAUAUGGUGCUGUGCUAUGGGAUAACGGGGAAUACCUACUUUAUAUAGGGUGUUCAGAGAAGGCCUUGAAAAGAAGAAACAUUUAAGCUGAAAUUAAAGGCUGAGUUGAAGCAACCUAUUAAAGAGCAAUGGGAAAGGCAUCCUAAGUGAAGGAAAUGGCGUAUGGAAAAACUGUGAUACAGAAAAGACCUUGAUAUGUUUUAGGAAUGGACAGAAAUCCAGUGUGACUGUGGUUGUCCUAGUGGAGAAUGUUGUGGUUUUGGACAGGUGGAUAAGCAUCAGAUCAUAUAGGCAAGUGCUUUACAUUUUACCUUUUGUGCAGUGGAAAACCCAAAUGGAAGUAUAGUAGGCAUAAAUUUUGUAGACUACAUACUUAAAUAUACAAAGAUGUAAUUUUCUUUCGUUUGUUUUUUUUUUUUUUAGAGAUGACUUUUUUUUUUUUUUUUUUUGAGGCAGUCUCACUCUGUCACCAGCCUGAAGUGCAGUGGCGCAAUCUCGGCUCACUGCAACCUCUGCCUCCUGGUUUCAAGCAGUUCUCGUGCCUCAACCUCCCAAGUAGCUGGAAUUGCAGAAAUCAUGAGUGGAGGAUCUCAAGUCCACAUUUUUUGGGGUGCUCCAGUUGCUCCACUGAAAAUGACAAUAUCACAAGGCACAGUUGCUCCACUGAAAAUGACAAUAUCACAAGGCACAGCUUCUUUAAUGUCUGUUGCUGACCCCUGGAAAAAAAUUCAGCUUUUAUACAGUCAACAUUCUUUAUAUCUGAGGGAUGAAAAACAGCACAAAAAUCUUGAAAACUAUGAAGUCCCAGAAUCUAUUGGUUCUCCAGAUCUUAGUGGUCAUUUCUUAGCAAACUGUAUGAAUAGACAUGUUCAUGUGAAAGAUGACUUUGUACAUUCUGUUUCUGAAACCCAGAAUAUAGAAUCCCAGAAGAUUCACUCCUCUAGACUGAGUGAUAUAACUAGCUCUAAUAUGCAAAUACGUGGAUUUAAAAGCACAGUUCCGCAUUUAACCAAAGAAGAAAAGGAUCAAAAGCUUCUCAGUGAAAAUAAAAUUAUAGAUGAACGGCCUAAACAUCAGGCAGAUAUAUGUGGUCAGAACUUUAACACAAAUUUGUUUCAGUUAGGCCAUAAAUGUGCAGCUAUAUUGGAUUUGGUUUGUAGUACUGAACAAAUUAAUAUAGGGCCUGAAGUGGUACAAAGAGAGUGUGUGCCAACAGAAUAUCAUGAAAUACAAAAUCAGUGUUUGGGAUUAUUUUCCUCGAACGCAGUAGAUAAUUCAAGGUCUGAAGCAGCAGUUAGGAAGGUCUCAGACCUUAAAAUAUCAACUGAUACAGAAUUUCUCAGUAUAAUUACCUCCAGCCAGGUUGCUUUUUUAGCUCAAAAGAAAGAUAAAGGGCGGAGUCCUAUAAAUAAAGGGAAUGUAAACAUGGAGGCUGAACCAAAGGCAAGUUACCGGGAGAUAAGAAUACCUGAAGAGAAUUCGAUUCAGCUUGAUGGUUUUACAGAAGCAUAUGAAAGUGGACAAAACCAAGCAUAUUCCCUUGAACUUUUUAGUCCUGUUUGUCCUAAAACAGGAAAUAGCUGCAUUCACAUAAACUCUGAUAAAGGUCUUGAAGAACAUACAGGAUCUCAAGAACUUUUCAGUUCUGAAGAUGAACUGCCACCAAAUGAGAUACGUAUUGAGUUGUGUAGCUCAGGAAUACUGUGUUCCCAGCUAAAUACCUUCCACAAAAGUGCUAUUAAAAGAAGCUGCACCUCUGAAGAUAAAGUGGGCCAGUCUGAAGCUCUAUCUAGAGUCCUUCAAGUAGCUAAGAAAAUGAAGUUGAUUUCUAAUGGAGGAGAUUCUGCUGUAGAAAUAGAUCGGAGGAAUGUGUCUGAAUUUAAGGGUAUUAAAAAAACAUCAUUAAUAAAAAACUGUGAUUCUAAAAGCCAGAAGUAUAAUUGUUUAGUCAUGGUGCUAUCUCCAUGCCAUGUGAAGGAAAUAAACAUAAAAUUCGGACCAAAUUCUGGCUCUAAAGUGCCUUUAGCAACAGUUACAGUAAUUGAUCAAUCAGAAACUAAGAAGAAGGUUUUUCUGUGGAGGACUGCAGCAUUCUGGGCAUUUACAGUGUUUCUUGGAGAUAUAAUUUUACUCACAGAUGUUGUUAUUCAUGAGGACCAAUGGGUUGGCGAGACAGUACUACAAUCAACAUUUAGCAGUCAGUUAUUAAAUCUUGGGAGUUAUUCAUCUAUUCAGCCUGAAGAAUGUUCCAGUGUAGUUAGUGACGUUGUACUUCAAGACUUACUGGCAUAUGUGUCCUCAAAACAUUCCUACCUCAGAGAUCUUCCUCCGAGGCAGCCUCAGAGGGUAAACAGUAUAGAUUUUGUAGAAUUGGAGCACCUUCAACCUGAUGUAUUAGUCCACGCAGUACUAAGAGUUGUUGAUUUCACUAUACUGACAGAGGCGGUAUACAGUUAUAGAGGACAGAAGCAGAAAAAAGUUAUGUUAACAGUGGAACAGGCCCAAGAUCAACAUUAUGUGCUUGUAUUAUGGGGUCCUGGAGCAGCCUGGUACCCUCAACUUCAAAGGAAAAAAGGUUAUAUUUGGGAAUUUAAAUAUCUUUUUGUUCAGCGCAAUUACACACUAGAAAACCUAGAAUUGCAUACAACGCCUUGGUCAUCCUGUGAGUGUUUGUUUGAUGAUGAUAUAAGGGCAAUUACAUUUAAAGCAAAAUUUCAAAAAAGUGCACCCUCCUUUGUGAAGAUAUCAGACUUAGCAACCCACCUAGAGGAUAAAUGUUCAGGAGUCGUUCUAAUUAAAGCCCAGAUUUCAGAGCUGGCAUUUCCUAUUACAGCAGCUCAGAAGAUAGCUCUAAAUGCUCACAGUUCUCUGAAGAGUAUUUUUUCUUCUCUUCCCAACAUCGUAUAUACCGGCUGUGCAAAAUGUGGAUUGGAACUAGAAACAGAUGAGAACAGGAUCUACAAACAAUGUUUUAGCUGCUUGCCAUUUACUAGGAAGAAAAUAUACUAUAGGCCAGUGUUAAUGACUGUCAUUGAUGGAAGACAUGAUGUUUGCAUCCGUGUAGAAUCAAAGCUGAUAGAGAAGAUUCUUCUCAACAUUUCUGCUGACUGCCUCAACAGAGUGAUAGUUCCUUCCUCAGAGAUCACCUAUGGGAUGGUCGUGGCAGACCUGUUGCACUCUUUGUUGGCAGUCAGCGCAGAACCUUGCGUAUUGAAGAUUCAGAGCCUUUUUGUGUUAGAUGAAAAUAGCUAUCCAUUACAACAAGAUUUCUUCCUCCUGGAUUUUUAUCCUGACAUUGUAAAGCAUGGAGCUGAUGCCUGUCUGUGAGGCCAGAGGUAGAAAUUGCAGGCAUUUCAAGGAAGAAGUACUAAAAUGAUUUGUCUUUUGAAAUAAAUGAAUGACAGGGCUUUUGCUUUGGAUUUUUUAUGAAAUAUAUUUUACAAAGAGAAUUGCACUAGAUAUAUAAAUUAAAACUUUUUUCUAAGAAAAUCCUGUGAGGUUUAAAAGGAUUGUUUUUGUCUUUUGGUUUCUUCCUUUCUUCUGGAGAAAUGAUCUACCAGUCAAGGCAAUAUGUAGCAGAUCCCUGGGAAUUAAAGGUUUGCCCAUUUUUUCACUGUAUUUAGUCCCUGCUACGUUCCAGGCAUUGUACUAAGAAUGGGGAACCACAGGGAAGACAUUCCCUCAGAAACUGCUGCAGUGCUUUCGCUUAUCCCUACCUAAAAAACCGUCAGUGUAAAAUCAUUUCCUUGAUUAUAACUAUAAUGAUAAUGGAUUAGUUUCUAUAAACCUAUGUUUAGGGCCGGGCGUGGUGGCUCACGCUUGUAAUCCCAGCACUUUGGGAGGCUGAGGUGGGCGGAUCACAAGGUCAGGAGAUCGAGACCACGGUGAAACCCUGUCUCUACUAAAAAUACAAAAAAUUAGCCGGGCGUGGUGGCGGGCACCUGUAGUCCCAGCUACUCGGAGAGGCUGAGGCAGGAGAAUGGCGUGAACCCAGGAGGCGGAGCUUGCAAUGAGCCGAGAUCGCGCCACUGCACUCCAGCCUGGGUGACAGAGCGAGACUCCGUCUCAAAAAAAAUAAAUAAAAAUAAAAAAUAAAAAAUCUAUGUUUAGACAAGUUCAAGACAAGCGUGUCUUCCUAUAAAAAGUAUUGAAAAUGAAGGAAAUGAGAUCAUGUUUCAAUUUAUUAAAGCAGGGAAGAGCAUUCUGUGGUUAGUUCAUGUCUAGGAUUUGAGUGCCUUACUGAAUGUAUUUACCAGCAAACAUGUAGCAGUCUGUUCUCUCAUUGUGAUUGUGGAAGAAGCUCAUGUAAAAUGGUAGUCAUUAAUGAGGAAGUAAGGCGUGGUACUUAUUCUGUAAGUUCAGAGUAUGCCGAGUGUUAAUCGAUUAUCAUAUCGCCUGAAAAUAAAUUUAUGAUGACAUGAACAA